AUGUCUUCAUCAAUUCACAUCACUUCCCCCUGCCCAAUCUUUUCACCAUUCUCAACUCUUCAUGAAGAAAUGCACACCUCUGAUACUCCGUUUCUGUCCGGCCUUGAAGGUACCGAGGUCAUCACAGAUGCGAAGCCGCCCCUUCUCUUGCCCUCGCAGACCUGGGUCAUCACUGAGAAGCUCUCUGAGCGUGCCAAUCAUCUAACUCAGGAAGAAAUCAACGAGGGUCUCGGGACUGCUGCAUGCACAGCCGCCAAAUUUCUCUGCUAUCGCGUCGGUGAUCCUGCCAAGGAGCCGGUGUUCAUGCGCAUGUACCUUCAGAUCCCCGUCAUCGGCACCGAGUUCUCCAAUGCGCGAGUUCGGGCGAAACAGGCCGCACCACCCCUCUCAUAUCCUGAAUUGACGGCAUUGAAAGCGCUAAAAAAGGUGGGCUGCGAUGUGGUCCCUGACCUUCUUGGCUACCAAGAGGGAAAGCAGGACGAUGACGGGAUUGUUCCGGGGGGGUUCGUGACAUAUGUGGUAUGGGAGAAAGUUCCGGGGGAAUCGUUGACGCAGGAGAAGUUCUGGAACAUGGAGCUUUUCUUGCGAGAUGCUGUUCGUAAGGAGUUUCGCGGGGUCUACUCUAUUAACUGGCCAAGGAAGCUUGUACAAUGUGGUUUCGAGCCGCGGAUGGCCACAUUGUCGAAACUAAUCUAUGAUGAGGCGAGCGGGAAGAUGCACAUCUCUGGUUUCCGCGCUGCUUGUACUACGGACAAGGAUAAGGAAUGGUCUGACGUCAACUACGUGGUGUACAGGCUGGCCAAGCCAUCUUCCAAGAUCGACUGGUACCUUGAUACCAAUGGGUGGACGUGGACCCCUCCUGCCUUGAGCCGUUCAAAGACAACUGCGACGUCUGACAUCCGUUCCAUCAUUAUUUCCCCUGCCCGUGAGAUUGCCGAGCCGAAUGAGGUCGAAAAAAGGAAGGUUGCUGCUGGCAUCGGAGUAGCGAUUCAGGUCGCUGUGGGUGGCACAGCAGAAGUUACCUAG